AUGAAUUGGAUAUCAUAAAAAGAUGAACAUAAUAGCAUAUUUAAUAAUGGAGGAGAUUUCUGGUUGUCAACAAAACAACAAGAAAACCAAUAAAAUCUUAUAUUUUAAGGCAAAGCAUUUUAAAAAUAAGUAAAAACUAGAAAAUGGGAAGCUGUACAUUUAGAAUUAUAUGUUGACAAGUAAUACGUUUCAUUAUUCAUUUAGAUUGGUUAAAAUUGCAAAUAAUCAAGCAGAAUAUUGUAAUAUAAAUGCUUGCUACUUAAAAAAGAUUAAAUAUUCUGAAUCCUCAUUUUAACCAUAUAAACAUGGGUUCAGAUUACAUUAUGGUAAAUAAAGAGUAGAAUUCUUUACAGAAAGUCAAGAUCAUUAUGAAAGAUGGUAAUCUGCUUUGAAAAGGUACUGUAUUCUAACAAAAUUUAAUAAAAAAUACAAACUUAUCUGUAAACAUAAAUUAAAUGAACCUUAUCCAUCUUGUACUUAUAAAGCAUAAAGAAAUUCUGAUGGAUUAUUUUUUUAAAUAAGAAUCAUAGAAAAAAGUUAAUUAGAUGAUCCAAGUUUGGCCUUGAAUGAUAUUGCUAUUUCAAGAAGAGUUGAUCAUGUUUAUGUUUAAAGAUUGUAAGAAGUAUAUGAAGAUUAAGUUUAUAUAUAUAUUGUAUAUGAUCAAUAUGCUGGAAGAGAAUAAAAAUUUUUACUUCCACAAUUAUUAUAGACUAGUGAAAAAGUAGUUGCAGAAUUACUAUAUAAAUUAUUAUUGGGAUUACAUCACAUACAUAGUAAAGGAGUAUUUCAUAGAGAUAUUAAAUUUGAUAAUAUAUUUAACAGAUUUCCUGAUUGUAUUACUGAUUGCUGUCUUGUUAAUUUUUCAAGUGCAGAUUUUCAUGAAAAUAAAAUGCAUAGAAGAAUUGGUACUCCAGGUUUUAUGGCUCCAGAAAUAUUCAAAACUAAAUAAUAUGACUAAUAAAUUGAUGUUUUCUCUUUAGGAGUCAUAUUUUAUUAUAUUGUUUUUGGUAAAAUGCCUUUUGGUACAGAUCUUAAUGAAGUAUAUUUUAUAAUUUAAGCAGAGAGGUGCUUUAAAAAAAUGAAUAAGGAGAUAUAGAUUAUCCAGAUUUCUGUAGAAUAUCAGUCAGUGGUCUUUAGUUGAUGAAACUAAUGCUAUAAAAAGAUCCAUAAAAAAGAUGCACUUCUUUUUAAGCUUUAAAUCAUCAUUGGUUUAUAAAUUUAAAAAUAAGAGAUUUAUUAGGAAAACCAAGCGUUAUGAUGAAUCAAAUGAAAAUGGGAUCUGGACUUAAUUUAUCGACAAUCUUAGAAAAAUCUGAUAUGAUAGACAAUUCAAAUAUGUCAAUUGCUAUUACUCCUAGAGGUGUUAUUAAGAAAAGUUAAAUUUCAAGAUCCAAAUCUUCAGACAUUAAUAUUUUGGAUCAAGAAUUUAUUUAUGAGACAUUAGCUGAUAAAAUGAAAUGUCUAUAAUACACUAUUCCAUAACCAUCCAGAUUAAAACACAAAUAAAAUAAAAUGUAAAUGUAAAAAUGA